GCUGAGCACGCUCGGCAGGCGCCGAUGCGCGCCUGGCUGCACGUGUGUGCGGCGCUCAUCUUCGCGCCCAGACCGACGUCGGCGACCGCCGCGCACCCGUCUCGCGUCAGAGACGACCAUAUCAAAGGACAGAUACUCGCCAAGCUGGGGCUUACAUCGAGACCAACGCCACUGCGCGCGCCGCCUCGAGACGUGGUGCGCAAGAUCCUACAGCGAGCGGCCGAUCCUGUGCCAGCGCAUACAGACACCGAGCCGCAAGACAUGCGGGAAAUCAUCGCCAUAGCACAUAGAGGUCCACACAUACACUAUACUACACACACACACACACACUAUAGCACACAUAUACUACACACAUUCAGUCAGCGCAUACCGAGCCGCAACAUAGAGAAAUAAUCGCCAUAGCGCCUAGAGGUCCAUACGUACCUACACUAAACUAGAACACUUACACAGAUAAAAUAUAGUCAUAAUACAACAACUUACACUACGUCAAACAAUAUACCUACACUACAACUACACAUUAAGAUCCUACAAUACCUAAAAUAGCUGAAUGUGAUGCAGGAAACAAAUAAUGUGCCUAAACGAUGACUGAAUGAGAAACACUAUUGGUUCAGUCAUCGUGCAUUAUCUGCUUAAUUUGUCUUUUAUGGAUUUGGUCCUACUUAUACGGAUAUAAAAACCUCGAAAACCCACAAUUUUAACACAGGAAAUCAUCUUAUUCAUCUUAGGAGCGCUUUGCAGACUAUACUUUAAAGUUAAGCCCGAUGUUAAAAUGUCGUGGCCCUUAUGUCUUUUCUGUUAUCAUUUCAUUACUAAUAUUUAUGCCAUACCUUACAAAUUAAAUAAGAUCACUUUAUGAAAGGACAAACGAUAGUCAAGCUAUUUUAAAGUUAGUAAGAAUCAUCAUUAAAUCAUUUUACGGUUUAGACUCACUUGUUUUAGUCACUCGCGCGACAUGUUUCCAGUAAGCAAUACACGGUCGUCGUGAACGCUGCUCGCACUAUUAGUGCUUGAGAAAGGAGACCUAGGCUCUCCGAAACAUGUCGCGCGAGUGACUAAAACAAGUGAGUCUAAACCGUAAAAUGAUUUAAUGUUAGUAUGUCCCACAACAGUUUAAAUUCGAUUAGUAAGAAUCAUACACGGUAUUUUUGUUUAUAAAUUAAAAAGUAGGUGGAAGCGCCUUGAUUACUCCGUGUAUUUUUAUAAAUAUCAUUCCAUAUAAUUAGUUGCAAAACCAUUAACUACAGGAAAAUAGCCUAUAAUUCUAGGGUACAGCGAAUAGCGGUUCGCUCUCCACGUGUUUUGAUUAAUUGUCAUUGGUGCCCCACAUCUUCAGGAGAUUGGCCUCAGCCAAAUUGUACGCCUUAUUCCGUCAUGAGCCAAGAAACUUGAGGUUUAAUGUUUAAAAUAUAGCCCAACUUAAACUAUUAACGCGUUGAAAUUUGUGGUUUAGAUACUUUUAAUUAGAGUUUGAUGUCGUUAGCGUUAGAAAGUUACAUCUUUUUAAGACGAUUGGUCAAAAAAGGAGGGUAAUAUUUUAACUUCUAUUGGUGAACUUUUAUAUUAAUCACAAAACCCAAAGUAGCGAAUUAUUUGAACUAAUUCGUGUCAGUGUCAGUCGUGUGGACCUUUUUUUUGAAGUCAAAAAUGUACUAAGAUCUUCGUCUAUAUAUUCCGUCGCUGAUCUAAUCCGAAUAUUAAUAAUAUAUCUUUUAAACUGAAACAUUUUUAGACACCCUACACCGCAGCACUUAAACUUAUUUCAAAUCCGAAAUACAGAGUAGUUUACCCGCCAGUCUCAUAGGGGACAAAUAAAAACUGUCAACCGACGAUAAACGACCAGCGGAACGCACUCCCGAAGCAUUAUAGGAUGUAAUAAAUAUAACCACUCUGUUCUACCAUUUGGCCAACACUGCUAUGUACAUAAUUGCAGACUUCUGGCCCGUUUCGUUGGUAAGAACGUUAUUUACAUAUGUAAGUAAUGAUUAAUCGUGUUCUGUCUAGUGCCCUGGAUCUAGACAAGGUUACAGUAUCGUGCCAGACGUCUAGCCUAGUAAUUGGCGGUUCGAUCAUUUUAAGGGACAAAUAGAGGGUUUUUGGGUUGCAAGUGGGCAUAUUUUUGAUAUAUCGGUGAGAUAAAGAUAAUGGAGUCUAGGAAAUGCUCUUAUCGUAAUUGUAAUGGGAGAAGCUAAAUUUUCUUCGUAUGUUUGGUAGUGUUAUUUGUGUUAGAUUGUGUGUUUUUCAAGUAAUUGGGAAUAUUACGCGAAACUCUGCGUAGGGGGCGCCAGGGCGCCACUACCACAAUCUAAGGGUCUAUCGUGAAACAAGAUAAUUUCUUUAUCUUACAUCUCUGUCACUCUUGCAUAUGCGAGCGAUGAAGAGGCAGAUAGCGAAUUUUCGGAUUCGCGUUUCCCGGUAGGUCCUCUGUAAGCAAACCGCCUUGAUGCAUCAAUGUCAUAUUUUAUUAUCUCUGAAAACUUGUCAAAAACCUGUUAAAGGUAUAGUAUGUAUAUGUUUCUCUAUGGUUUACUAAAAAGGCUAGUCCUGCACUCUGGUGGCAGAACAUUGCAGUAAUAUCCCCUAUUGAGACAGAUACCGCCGUGACGUGGUAGUAGGUAGUCGAUAGGUUUAAGGCGGUUGCCGCGGCUGAAGACGCUGGUUCGAAUCUGGUCUCCGCCACUGGAGGGCUUGGUCAUUUUUCUUUAUUAUAUUUAUGUCAUGUAUUUCAGUAUAUAAUUUGUGUUGUUUUUGUGUUGAGAUGCUCCUUAAAUUGUUGGCUGACAAUUUUCUGUGUAUCUCACUGUUUUAGUUGCGGAGAUCAAUGUAGUUUCGAUUUUUUUUUGCUAACUAUUGCCAGGUCAGGCUUACUUCUCACUCCUUUAGAACAAAGCUAACUAACCUAGUAGCUACUUAUUUACCGAUAGUAAUAACAUACAUUUUAUUGUAAUCACACAAUAGUGUUCCUAAUGUACAAUCGAGGUCAUUCCCGGUAAUUUAAGGGCAAAAAUCGUUUAAACGUCUUGCAGACGGCCAGGCGAUAUCAUAAAAGUGAUGUCCAGCAUGAGAAUGUCACUUAAAAAUGUGGAUGUUAAAAACAAAAGGUUAGGUCAUGUAAAGUUUAUUGCUGUCCAUUGUCUUUGUGACGGUUGGCAUUUGGAAACUAAGAUAAGGAAUCCAAAAUGCAUCAUAAUUGGUUACCUUUAUGGGGAGGCGAAGCUUAGCCUAAACAACAACUAAUAAACUGUCCUUAUACCUAUUGUUUGUCUCAUUACCUGUUUUUACCCUUUUCACUAUUUAACAUAAAGAGUCCUAAAAGCAUCGUAAUAUUCGGAAUUGAUUAUCUCGCUCGUAAGGACCGGGGUAAAAAAAAUUCCGAAGUGAAAAACCGGGAAUGUUCUCGAUUGUACUUACAUGUGUCAAAAUUGUGGGUUUAUAGAAUUUCACAUAUAUUUUUACCACCUGUCCAAUACCAUGAAAGACAAAUAAAACUCAGAAUAUACAUAUCAUCUACAGAAUACAAACACUUAACCCUUUGAACGCGACACCUAUCGUGAUCCUUGGCAGUAUGCACUAAGGUUGAUAUCGGGCUGUAGCCACGCGCAUCAGUUGACGUCCCGCCGAGUUUGUUGCCGGUCCCAUAUUGGGAUACCCUCCUCCAAUUGAGGGGGGAUUUAAAUCAUCUUGGGGCAGAGGUGUAGGGUUACAACCGGCGUUAGUUUUAUUUGACGUUCAUAAGCGCAUUCUAAUAUGACUACUUGUAUAAUAAACUUUCUUUAUCUUAUCUUUAUCUGUCUUUGGCGGUCAAAGGGUUGAUUAUAAAUAAUUUUAGAUAUAAAUAGAAAAAGCGAAAUGACUCAUAAUUUUGGUUGAGAAUUUAAAAGUUUGAUAAUAGUGAGAAUAUAUUAAAUAAAAACACCUUAAGGCGAGGUGUGCCUACGCUGAUUGUGAUAUUUAUUUAAAAACCGCUAAUUUUGCUAGUUGAUUGUUGAAACCAGCGUUACUAAUUGAUCGAUUGCUUAAAAUCAAUGUCAAAAAUGUAAUCAAAAAUUCCUCAAUUCAGCCUUGUAUACCUCACCAUAAGAGUCCCCGGCAAACUCGGCUGAAUUGCACCUUCCCAUACAAACGUAGUUCCGCUCUCAUUUUAAAACUACGUGUUGGAUUGUAAUGAAUCUUUGCACAUACAAUGACAUGAGGUA